AUGGUCCGUUCGUUUGUUUUCUUUUUCUUCUCUCUCUCUCUCUCUUUUCCCCCAUCUCUCUCUCCCCAUCUCUCUCUUCCCCCCAUAUCUCUCUCUCUCUCUUUCCCCAUCUCUCUCUCUUUCCCCAUCUCUCUCUUUUCUCCAUCUCUCUCUUCCCCAUAUCUCUCUCUCUUCCCCAUCUCUCUCUAUUCCCCCAUCUCGCUCUCUCUCUCUUCCCCAUCUCUCUCUCUUCCCCCAUCUCUCUCUCUUUCCCCAUCUCUCUCUCUUCUCCCAUCUCUCUCUCUCUCUUCCCGCAUCUCUCUCUUUCCCCAUCUCUCUCUCUCUCCCCAUCUCUAUCUCUUCUCCCAUCUCUCUCUCCCCAAUCUCUCUCUCUUCCCAUCUCUCUCUUUCCUCCAUCUCUCUCUUCCCCAUCUCUCUCUCUCUUCCCCAUCUCUCUCUCUCUCUCUUCCCCAUCUCUCUCUCUCUUCCCCAUCUCUCUCUCUUCACCCAUCUUUCUCUCUUCCCCAUCUCUCUCUCUCUCUUCCCACAUCUAUCUCUCUCUCCCCAUCUCUCUCUCUUCCCCCAUCUCUCUCUCCCCUCCAUCUCUCUCUCUCUUCCCUCCAUCUCUCUCUCUUCCCCCAUCUCUCUCUCUUCACCCAUCUCUCUCUCUCUUCCCCAAUCUCUCUCUCUCUCUUCCCCCAUCUCUCUCUCUCUCUCUCGAAAUCCAAAGACGACACACAACGCAGUAGUUAA